GUCCAAUUCAAAUCUAAAUUAAAAUACCAAUAUUUUAAUAAACUUUAUAUCAGUCCAGCCCAAUACUGUAUCUAAAAUCUAACCCAGUUCAGCAACUUAAACCUAACACGCCCUAUCUAAACUCUACUCUCUCCUUCGGCCGCCUCAUUCAUCCGUACAUCGAGCACCUCUCAAGCCCAUCGUGUGUUCUUCCGCUGACCAUCGUCCGUGUGGUAUUCCGGCUGAGGUCUAAUCCAAAAGGAUUGAUUAUCUUUGGACCUGAGUAAGACAUUUUCCUCCUGCUAUUGUAUAAUACUCCGUAGAAGAUAGAAGAUAGUUUUGGGACGCAAAACAGUUUUUAAAAAAGAAUGAGGGUACUUUAGACUUUUUCAAAAUGGUGUUUCUCCUAAUAAAAACCCAUCUUCUUUCCCAACCCAUUUAAAACCUAGCAGACUCCCAGCGGCCGUUCCGGAGAGAGAGACGGACAGGAGAGGGUUAAAGCAACGCUGCAGCCAUGAGUCUGGUAGCGAAUGAAGAUUUCCAGCACAUUUUGCGUAUCCUCAACACCAACGUUGAUGGAAAGCAGAAGAUUAUGUUCGCUCUCACUUCCAUCAAAGGUAUCGGCCGCCGAUUUGCUAACAUCUGCUGCAAGAAAGCUGACAUCGACAUGAACAAAAGGGCUGGAGAGCUGUCUUCUGCUGAGAUUGAAAACCUAAUGACAGUUGUUGCGAACCCCCGUCAGUUCAAGAUCCCAGACUGGUUCCUUAACAGGCAGAAGGAUUACAAGGAUGGUAACUAUUCACAGGUUGUAUCCAAUGCUUUGGAUAUGAAACUCAGGGAUGAUCUUGAGAGAUUGAAGAAAAUCAGGAACCAUCGUGGUCUGCGACACUACUGGGGUCUUCGUGUACGUGGACAGCACACUAAGACUACUGGACGCAGGGGAAAGACCGUUGGUGUCUCCAAGAAGCGUUAAGAGAUUUUGAUUUUACACCCCCACCUGUUCUCAUUGAAUUAUGUUCUGUUUAUUUUUCAAAUUUUGGUUAAAUAUACAAUGAAUGGUGUGGUUUUAGCACUUGGAGUUCCUGUUUCCUAAGCAUGUGAGCCUUUAGGCUUUAGGGUUUUCAAUCAAAGUUCCUAAGCAUGACAGCCUUUUGCUUCAUCUUUAUUCCUAAUUUGCUCAAGUUCUUGAUGAGUUUUUUAAGAACUUCUAAAAUCUAAACCCCAUGUUUGUGGGUUUAAUGCCGCCUUUGGUAAUUUGGACUCUUUACCUUCAAAUUUUGUUAUCUUUUAUUGUUGGUAGGUAUGAUGUGGUUGUAGAAUAAUGGAUCAGGCAGUAAACCUGAAGUCCUGAACUUGCCUUCA